AAAUGCAUGUCGGUGUAUGUGAUCGUUUUAUCAUAAAGGACUGUGAUUGACUAUUGACUAAUGAUUAUUAUUUUUUUAAACUUAAGUUACUGUUUUGCCAAAAAUAAUAAUUUCGUGGAAGUGGAAAUGAACUACUAUUUUUAUGAUAGCAAAUUAAUUCUACAAUCACAUCUAAAACAAGAGAGAGAGAGAGAGAGUUUUGCUAUAGAGAGAAAUGGCGAGAUCUAUAGUGCUUAUCGCGGCGGUUGUACUGGCUUUUCUAGUGGCGGCGCCGAUGCCGGAAGUAACAGCUAAGAAAUAUACAGUCGGCGACAAAAAGUUCUGGAACCCCAACAUUAACUAUACCAUAUGGGCUCAAGGCAAACAUUUCUACGUCGGAGACUGGCUCUAUUUUGUGUUUUAUAGAGACCAACACAACAUUCUUGAGGUAAACAAGGCUGACUAUGAAAGAUGUAUCUCCACCCACCCAAUACGCAAUUAUACACGUGGAGCUGGGAGAGACAUUGUUCCUCUCUAUGAGACUAGACGUUACUAUCUACUUGAUGGAAGAGGUGGUUGCUUUCACGGCAUGAAGCUAGAUGUUUUAGUUGAGACUCCUCCUCCUCCUCCUCCUUUUACUCCUCCUCCACCACAAUAAGAAAUCAAUUUUAUGUUAUCUCUAUAAGUUGUUUUGGAUUUUUCCGGCAAGUUCACCAACUUGAUAAGGCAAAUGUUGUUUUCGUACUAAAGAUAACUGAUUAUGUCGUUAAAUUUCAUAAGAUGCUUUUAUGUAUACUUUCAAUUCAUUAUAAUAAAUAAAGGUUUUGUUUGUGGCUUAAAAAA